AUGACUGAAGACUACUUUUGGGGAGUUACUUUGGACAAGACUAAGAGUACCGAAGUGUGGGAUCCCGAUGUAAAAGCCGAUCCCAAUGACACCACUCACGUUUUCCGGGGUGAACAUACUUUGCUCGUAAAACAGGCUGUCCUUGGACCAGAAGUAGAAGACGAUGAAGUUAACGUAAUCGAAGUGGAAGCAAUGGGUUACAAAUCCGACAUAAAGUUCCCCGUUGUUGUACUGAAAGGAGGUACUGGUCAUAGUCAAUGUGUACUUGAUCUUUUGUUCCCAGAUCCCCCAGUUACAUUUAAACUUGUAAAAGGAAAUGGUCCUAUUCAUUUAUUGGGAAAUCACUCAGUUGGUACUGGUGAGGGUAUGGGUGAUGAAGAGGAUGAUGAUGAAAUUGAUGAAGAAUUUGAAGAAGAAGAAGAGGACGUCGAAGAAGAAAAAAAUAGUGUUGAUGAAAAGAAACGUAAAAUAGCUGCCAAUUCAAAUUCAAAGGGCGGUAAAGCACCUAAGAGGCCUAAAAUUGAAAGCGAAGCAGACUAA